AUGUACUCGGCUGCAAAAUGUAAUGAAUCCUGCACUUCAUCUAAUUCGGAUAAAACCGCGUUUACGAUGGAAUUUCCGACGAAUAACGAAAGUGGUGUGUACAAGAAGUGGCUGGAAUAUAAUAAGUCUUCUAAUCCUGCUGCGGUUAGCACCUCAGGCGUUUGUUCGUUAAAAACUCCUGCUGAAAGGACACCUGAGAAGGCUAACGGUGGAUCCCCAGAGGCCGCUGCAGUAACGCCGGCAGCACAAGUGACAGCAGUGGAGACACCCGCAGCGGGGCAGGCUGCAGGCAGUUCGAGUUCAGCUGCGAGUGGGACCUCAUCAUCGGAACAGACUAUUGAACAGGGGAUAUCCCCAGCGGACCCACAAGCCGGUAACACUUCGCAGCUGCCAACAGGCGAAGGGGUUGGCAGAACGGAUGCAUCCGGGACGACGCAAACACCCUCAGCCACUCCCGCCAGCGGCAAUGGUGGGGCCUCCGGUGCAGCCACGGCCGGUGCUGCCUCACAGUCCGGCAAACCGACAUAUACGAAGGAGCCCAACAACAGUGCCACCACUGGAGCGCAGGGUCCCGGCACGUCGGACAGCAGCGCCAUCGCCACUGCGUGGGUGCACACACCACUGCUGCUGCUGCUGACCGCCCUUGCAUGUGCCGCUGGGCAGCGGUGCGGAGCAGCCACACACGAAUGA